AUUGUUUUUAUUUUUAUUUUUUGUGUGGACGCAGUCGUCGCUUGCUCAUCUCUGCUCCAUUUCCUCUCCUCUCCUCUGCUCUGCUCUGCUGCCGCCGAUCUAAGCCCCCCGCAAGAAAGACUCGCCCUUUUCAUUCUCUAAUAAUUGUAUAUUUGAGUUUCUCCCGUUUUUUAUUUUUUAUUUUUAUUUUCAUUUUUAUAUUUUUUAGUGGACAUGAUCCAUCUCAUUGUAUAAAUUUUCCUGACUACAGGAUGUUGUAAUUUAGAUUUUGAUUAAGAUUUAUACAUGUAUGUUGUGAGGGAUGUUUAGGGAUUGUGCUGCAGAGUUGACUCGGACAGACAAUUAUUUAGGCUUGUAGAACGGGGCUCCGGAGGCGGGAAUGGGAACCGUGGCCAUGUGUAAUGAAGAAAAGCUUCAGAAUAAGCUGGAGCUCAAUUAUGGUGAUGGCUGCGGGAAUUACUUGCACAAGUUCAGGCUCUAUGAGACUCAUUCGAACUUUUAUAUGAUUGGGCGGGACAAAAACCGAACAAAUUGGAGAGUCUUGAAGAUUCACAGGUUAUAUGUGUCGGAACUAAGCAUCACCGAAGACUCCACAUUAUAUUCCGAAGGUGAAUGCUGCGACCUCCUAAAAAGGAUUCAUGAAGGGAACAAAUCUACUGGUGGUCUGAAAUUUGUUACCACUUGCUAUGGAAUUGUUGGAUUCAUACAAUUUUUGGGGCCUUAUUACAUGCUGCUUAUAACUAAAAGAAAAAAGAUUGGCACAAUUUGUGGUCAUGCAGUAUAUUGCAUUGACAAGAGCGAGAUGAUUCAGAUACCCAAUUCCACUCUGCUCUCACAUAUGGCUAAUUCUAAAAUUGAAAACAGAUACAAGAAGCUUGUACGUGCGGUGGAUCUUACAAAGGACUUCUUUUUUAGCUACUCCUACCAUGUUAUGCUUAGUCUUCAAAAAAAUCUUAGCAGUCAUGAAACAGGGUUAUCCCUCUAUGAGACAAUGUUUGUCUGGAACGAGUUCUUAACCAGUGGGAUUCGGAAGAAGCUAAAGAAUUCAAUCUGGACUGUGGCAUUGGUUCAUGGAUUUUUUAAACAGAUUAAACUUUCUGUAUCCGGUCGUGACUUCAAUUUAAUCCUUAUUGCUAGGCGUUCACGUCAUUAUGCUGGAACCAGGUAUUUAAAACGUGGGGUGAAUGAGAAGGGGCGUGUGGCUAAUGAUGUAGAGACUGAACAAAUUGUCCUCGAGGAUGUGGAGGAAGGAUGCCCCAUACAAAUAUCAUCUGUUGUGCAGAAUCGGGGAUCAAUACCCCUCUUUUGGUCUCAGGAGACUUCUCGCUUGAAUAUUAAGCCUAAUAUCACAUUAUCAAAGAGAGAUGACAAGUAUGAAGCCACCAAACUUCACUUUGAGAAUCUUGUCAAGAGAUAUGGGAAUCCUAUCAUCAUAUUGAAUUUGAUCAAGACUCGGGAGAAGAAACCAAGAGAAUCUGUCCUCCGGGCAGAAUUUGCUAAGGCUAUUGAAGUUAUAAACAAGGACCUUCCACCUGAAAAUAGACUGAAGUUCCUUCACUGGGAUUUGAGUAAAUACUCCAGAAAUAAAGCAGCUAGUGUCUUGCUAUACCUGGUCAAAGUAGCAGAUAAUGCAUUGGAUUUAACUGGUUUCUUUUACUGUCAAGUGCUACCAGCUUCAAGACAGCUUCAAUGUAGUAACAACUGCAACGGCUAUGGUACCGAUGAGGAUUUUGGAGCUGGGAUUAAUGAUCCUCAUAACUUGGAUGCCAAAACUCCUAGGGUUCUUGAUGGUGAUGCAAAUCAAAAUCAAUUUAUCAAGCCUCCACAGUUUCAGAAAGGCGUUUUAAGAACAAAUUGCAUAGACUGUUUAGAUCGCACAAAUGUUGCACAAUAUGUGUAUGGGCUGGUUGCCCUUGGUUACCAAUUACAUGCUUUAGGAUAUAUUGAUUAUCCUAGCAUUAAUUUAGACUCCCAUUUAGCUGACGAAUUAAUGACAAUUUAUGAAGCCAUGGGGGACACACUUGCCCUACAAUACGGAGGAUCUGCAGCCCACAAUAAGAUAUUUUCAGAGAGAAGAGGCCAGUGGAAAGCUGCAACACAGUCACAGGAAUUCUUGAGAACACUUCGACGUUACUAUAGUAAUGCUUACAUGGAUGCCGAGAAGCAAGAUGCCAUAAAUGUGUUCUUGGGGCAUUUCCAACCACAGCUGGGUAAACCUGACCUCUGGGAACUGGAUUCUGAUCAGCAUUUCAAUGUGGGAAGCCGUGGAUCUGAUUUUGGGGAAGAACAUGCUAGGUCCAUAAUCAAAAGGUCAUUUUCUGAUGGGAAUAUUCUUGGUGAGAGCAACUCAGCUAUUGACGAUGAGAAGGUUAUGCUAAAGGAAAUUUCUCUUGAACCGUUACCUGUAAAGGCUCAAGACUGUAAUGUCAGUCUUUCUGAAUCCAAUCCAGAUAUUUCAACCCGUGUAAGGGAUAUAUCUUAUGUGAGAUACACCCCAGGUAUGUCACGCAGACAGCUUUUUCCCGACAUGCAACCGGAGCUGAAUGUUGACAACGACAGCAUAUGUUUUGUGGAACGUGGAGGUUCAUUCAACUGCUCAAACUUUCUUGACAUUGAUAGGAUUUCUUCAUCAGGAAAUUCAUGUGAAGAUGAAACAUACGAAAGAUCAACUCUUAUUGGAUCUUCCUCUAUUGGGUUGUCUUCUGGUGAAAUCAGAGUGGAUAGAAUCCCGUCCUGUCCGUCGGGUUCAAGUUUGAAGGGAAAGGAGGUGGCUGCUGGUGAUGUUAACCACGGUGGUGACUAUUCCCAGCCGUUUUUGCAAUGGAUUGCUAGUGAUAAUCUGCUCUUUCAUUUUUGAUACAGAUACAUAUAUACAUACAUGCAUAUUUGGUACUCUCAAAAUUGUACAGGUGCAGUUUCUCCAAAGUUAUGGGUCAAUCAUAUUUAUAAUAAUGUUAUUGUUAUUUUUCCGUUA